UCGCUGCCAGAACUUUGGAUUGGGACUUUUUUCUUGAGCGUCACAUUUUUCCUGGAAAUUUUGGUCCGGGGUUUAGUUUGGCAUUUUCAAUCUGACUGAUGGCAAUUUGGGGAUUUUUCGGCAGCUUUCUCGACGUGAUGAGCAAUGGGAAUCUUGAUUACCUUCUAUGCUAAGGAUCCAAUUUUUUCUUCAUCUCUUCGCUCUCAAAGCUGAGAGUUGUGGAAUAGUGAGGCCAGCGGUUGAUGAGCUCUAAAGUGGAUUAUCGAUAACACAGCUUCUCUUUUGGCACAUUAACUAUAAAACCCCUAACGUACGAUUGCACAUCCAGAGGGCUGUAGAGCCAAACGAAUGAUUCUUUUUAUGAGGGACUUUGUAGCAGAAAUGGGUCAGGACCAAACCAAACAGCAGAUUGAGAAGGGAUUGAAGCUGUACCAGUGUAAUGAUACGGAAAAGGCUUUAUAUGUCUGGAUGAAGGUGUUGAGGAAAACAACCGAUCCUGGUGGAAAGUUUCGAGUUUUAGGGUGUCUGAUCACAGCACAUUCGGAAAUGGGGAAAUACAAAGAGAUGCUACAGUAUUCCUUAGCUCAGAUAAACACAGCCAGAGAGAUGGAGGACCCGGACUACUUGACGGAAGGCUACCUAAACCUGGCUCGCAGCAACGAGAAGCUUUGCGAUUUCCAGAAAACUGUCUCGUAUUGCGAGACCUGCCUAAACAUGCAGGGUACCACUGUUAGCCUGCAGCUCAACGGGCAGGUGUGUCUAAGCAUGGGCAAUGCAUUUUUAGGCCUUAGUGUUUUCCAAAAGGCCUUGGUGAGCUACGAGAAGGCUCUGCGAUACGCUCACAACAAUGAUGACAAGAUGUUGGAGUGCAGGGUUUGUUGCAGUUUGGGAAACUUCUACAUCCAGCUGAAGGAUUAUGAGAAAGCACUAUUCUUUCCUUGCAAAGCAGCUGAACUUGUGAAUGACUACGGUAAAGGGUGGAGUCUAAAGUACCGUGCCAUGAGUCAGUACCACAUGUCGGUGGCCUACAGAAAGCUGAUGCGCUUACCAGACGCCAUGGAAUGCUGUGAGGAAUCAAUGAAGAUUGCAUUGCAGCAUGGAGAUCGGCCACUUCAGGCAUUGUGCCUGCUUAACUUUGCUGAUAUUCAUCGCUGUCAAAAAGAUGUUGAUAAAGCAUUCCCUCGCUAUGAGUCCUCCAUGUGUAUAAUGUCAGAGAUUGGCAACCGUCUUGGACAAGCAUCCAUCUAUGUAGGAGUGGGAAAGUGCUGUAUUCUACAAAAGGAAUAUGACAAGGCACUAGACUCAUUGCAGCGAGCACACGAUCUGGCAGAGGCGACUGGAAACAAGCUGUGCAUCCUGAAGGUGCACAGUCUGUGUGAAGCCGUCUACCGCUGUAAAGAGCAGCAGGAAGAGUUGAGAGAGCAAGUGGUGAAGUUUCUGCAGUGUGUGGAGGAGCUGGAGCUUUAUUGUGGCAUGUGCGGGGAAUCUAUCGGAGAGAAGAACCAACAGCUUCAAGCCUUGCCCUGCUCUCACAUAUUCCACCUCAAGUGUCUGCAGACGAAUGGUACGAAGGGCUGCCCGAAGUGUCACCACUCAUCUUUGAAGCUGGGAUUUGUAUGAGGUUACAGACCUGCCUUGGACAAAACGGAUAAAUCCCAUCACAGUGACAUAUCUGGGAGGAAA